GAACCCCCCACCUUAGCACACAGGGGAAACCCCAGGGCAGGCCCCCUGCACAUGUAGCACAGACGGGGAUCCCCCUGGGAAACACCCCCGUUAGGGACAGGGUGGGGGAACCCCAGGGCGCCCUCUCUCACCUUAAAACACAUGGGGAUCCCCCAAGACAGCCCCACCACCUUAGCACACAUGGGGAUUCCAGGGCAGCCCCUCCCCCCCACCUUAGUGUACACGGGGGAUCCCGGGGCAGCCCCCCGCACCUUACCGCACACGGGGAUCCCCCAGGACAGGCCCCCCACCACUCCCAGUUCUGUUGAUGUGAUCCUUCUGUGUCAUCUGGACACUGGACUGAGAGCUAACCUGCUCAUUGCACUUGGGCUACUGGCUGCCAAAUGGUAACUACUGUCACCGAUGGCCGGGGUUGCACUAUGACUUCAUGAUGGGAAGCUCUGGAGUCAAGACAGCCCUAGUGGUAUCUGUGACACCCCAGAACCAGGAAACUGGGUAGCAACUACAGAGAACCUGCUUUUAUUUUUUAGAGGUUAGGUUAAACCUGUAUUGGUGUGGAAUGCCCCAUUUUCUCCUGCAGUGUAGCCAGCCUGGAGGGAUUCAGCACAGAGGAUCAUGGAACUUCUGCCUCCAUUUCAACGUGUCAUACAGCCUGAAGAGAUGUGGCUUUAUAAAAACCCAUACAUAGAAGCAGACCAUGUACCCACCAAGCUCAUGUUUUUAAUUUCGUUUUUGUGUCCCCUGAUGUUCAUCCUUCUGGCAAAAUUCCUCAUGAAAGUUGACCGCAGAGACACGCAGGAGGCCUUUUUGGCUGCCAGCCUUGCUCUUGCCCUGAAUGGGGUCUUCACCAAUGCUGUGAAGCUAGUCGUGGGAAGGCCACGGCCGGAUUUCUUCUACCGCUGCUUUCCGGAUGGACGGGCAAACGCCAAGCUGGUAUGCACCGGUGACCUGGACGUGGUGACUGAGGGACGCAAGAGCUUCCCAAGUGGGCAUUCCUCUUUUGCCUUUGCUGGUCUUGCCUUCUCUGCCUUCUACCUGGCAGGAAAGCUGCACUGCUUUGCCCCUGGCGGGCGUGGAAAAUCCUGGCGGCUCUGUGCCUUCUUAUCACCACUGCUCUGUGCUCUUCUCAUCGCUCUGUCCCGCACCUGCGAUUACAAGCACCACUGGCAAGAUGUGCUGGUUGGCUCAGUGAUUGGCUUCACAUUUGCAUACCUAUGCUACAGGCAGCAUUACCCUUCCCUGACUGACUCAGAGUGCCAUAAACCAUUGCAGUGUAAAUCCAAACUACCACCAGCACAGAAGCAAAAGCUGGCCAGCUCCAGCUUCCACCUGGAAAUAUAAUGAUGGGAUCCACUUUGCUGGGACCGGCCCCUGGGUAAUCAUUCCUUCCACUCUUCAGCCUGCAUCGUGGGGAAGGGUACAGGCUUUGGGACUAUCGCUCACUGCCUACUUGGUGAAGUAACCCAGUAACCUAAAGGAGGAUGCGACUGAUAGAUGAAUAGGAAUUGCUCCUGUAAACAUGUGGUAAGUGGUCCUGCUCAGCAGGCCUCGGCUUGUACUGUUCUUGUUUGAGAGAUGCUCCCCUCUUUAAGGCCAGCCCUGGAGGAA